AUGGCCCAGCUAAACCCCAUCCAAACGACAUUUUCGCCCCCACAGCACGGAGCCGAAUACUCGAUACAGGAGGCACCUCUUGGCUCAGCUCGGCAUGUCCGCGUCGUAUGCGUUGGCGCUGGUGCGAGCGGUCUUAGCUUGAUCCGGGCUUUGCGGCUGCAACUCACCGACUAUGAAAUCACCGUCUACGAAAAGAAUGCGGAUGUGGGAGGCACUUGGCUGGUGAACCGGUACCCGGGUUGCCGAUGCGAUGUCCCCAGCCACAGUUACCAGUUCUCCUGGAAGCAGAAAAAGGACUGGAGCAACUUCUUUUCCGCGGCUGAGGAGAUUGGGGCGUACCUUUGCCAGGUGUGCGAGGAAGAGGGGAUGAGGGAGUCGAUUAAGACUCUGCAUCAAGUGGUGUCGGCGCGGUGGGAUGAGAAGGAGGGACAGUGGGACCUGAUGGUGCGGAAUCUGGAGACUAAGGAAGAGUUCAGUGACUCGGCUACUUUCUUGGUGGAUGGGACUGGAAUUCUGAACAACUGGAAAUGGCCGACUGUCGAGGGCCUCGAUACCUUCCAAGGACGUCUCGUUCACACUGCGCAGUGGCCGAAGGAUUUUGACCACACGGGGAAAACCAUUGCUGUUAUUGGCAACGGUUCCAGCGGGGUUCAGGUAUUGCCGGAGCUGCAACCAGGGGCUGAAAAGUUGUAUCACGUUUUCCGGACACCCACCUGGGUAGUCCCACCAAGAAUCCACUCCUGGAAGACCAUGGGCCAGGCGACGGAGGCGCUCGACAAGAUCCAGCUCGAUGAACGGGAGAAUUUCUCUCAGGAAACGAUCGAGAAGUUCAAGUCAGAUCCUGAGUUUUAUCGCGAGUUUGUGAAGGCGAUUGAGGCGGCGGUGAAUAAUGCGUUCCCCAUGAUCCUGACGCAAAGCCCAGUCCAGGCUUUUGCGAGGGCAAAAGUGACCGAGUACAUGACACUCAUGCUCGGCGGGAACCAGGAGCUCUGCAAGGCGUUAAUCCCCGAAUUUCCACUCGGGUGCCGGAGAAUGACGCCUGGCCAUGGGUACCUCCAAGCUCUCAGCAAGCCCAACGUUGCCGUGCGCAGGUCUGGUAUCAAGCGGUUCGUUGAAGAAGGCAUUGAGCUCGACUCAGGCGAGAUCCUCAAAGUCGACGCCAUCGUCUGCGCCACAGGCUUCAACACCUCCUUCACUCCGCGCUUCCCCAUCAUUGGCCGAGAGGACAACCUCCAAGACCGGUGGAAAAAGGAGACCCCCAAGGCCUACAUGUCCUGUGCCGUGGCCGGGCUGCCAAACUACUUCAUGUUCUUCGGCCCCAACGCCCCCAUCGGCCAUGGCAGCGUCUUCACGCUCUCCGAGCACAUAGCCAAGUACAUCGCCGGCGCCAUCCACAAAUGCCAGACCCAAUCCAUCAAAGCCCUUGCUCCCUCCCACGCCGCUGUCGAUGACUAUUUUGCCCACAUCCAAACCUUCAUGCCACGCACCGCGUGGGCGGCCCCCAACGGCCGUUCGUGGUUCAAGAAUGGCCAGGCUGAGGGCCCUGUCACGGCGCUGCAUCCGGGGAGCCGGAUUCAUUUCUACCACAUGCUGGAAGGGUUCAGGGGAGAGGACUGGGAGUAUACUUAUGUGGGAGAGGGGCAGGGGAUUGGAAGGAAGAAUCGGUUUGCGUAUUUGGGGAAUGGGUUUUCGACGAAGGAGUUGGGGCCGGCGGCGAAUACGACAUGGUAUCUUGAUUGA